GCGCAUGCGCGCUGUUCGAGUAAAGCCUGCAAGCGCCUUGAGUGCGAGCCGAGUCUGUGCUGUUGUUAGGACAGUUGUAAGCUUGGCGUCGGCGUGCGACUGGCACCUGAUUUGUGUACAAUUCCGAAAGCUGCAGCGAUUUACAAAAUGCUAGCACUUGUUUGCAGUCGUUGUAGGAUAUUUUCUCACACCACGACGAGGAAUCAUCGAUACUAACACCGAAGCGUCCCAUUCAUUGAACUUCAUUGUGGUAAACAUUACUACUCUGCUACUACUACACCCUGGUGCAACAAAACUUCCAUGGACUUUUCUUUCAGAUGCUGGCAGCUCGUCAUCUUCUGUGCGCAGGUUUCAAGGCAGCAUUGUGUUGGGAGGGUCAAGAGAGCUGCAUGGUCAGUACAGUCCAGAUGGCGAAAACUUGCGCUGUGUGACAUGGGUGUGGUGUGACGUCGUGUAAUGUGCAGCGACGGUGACAGUCGAUCGGGGUGGAUGUAGCAGCAUGAUCUGGUGAUGUUGCGGCGCGCACCCCACGGGAUGCAGGUGCGGCACAUCGCCCUCAUGCUGGUGGUCGUCGCCUUUGUGGUUGUCUUCUUCUGUUUACACCUUCUGGCUGAAGUUACGCGCCUCGACGAUGCAAGGAUAAAGCUGGAACGCGCUGUUUCCAAGCUACAACAAGACAGCAUAGACAGCUCGCGGCGCCAUCUGUCGUUCGCCGAAGAGCAGGACUCUUCCGACGGCGGCGUCGGCGGCGAGGACAUGAUUGUCAUCUACAACCGGGUGCCCAAGACGGGUAGCACGUCGUUCGCGGGCAUCGUGUACGACCUGUGCAAGAGCAACAAGUUCCACGUGGUGCACAUCAACAUGACCAAGAAUGCCAAAACCUUGGCCCUCUCCGACCAGGUGCGCUUCAUUAAUAACAUCAGUUCUUGGCAAGAGAAGAAACCGGCUUUCUACCAUGGUCACCUCGCUUUUAUAGACUUCUCUAAGUUUGGGGUCCAGAAGACACCAAUCUACAUCAACCUGAUACGAGACCCCUUGGACCGCCUGGUCUCCUACUACUAUUUCCUUCGCUACGGCGACGACUUCCGACCUUACAUGAAGAGGCGAAAGGCGGGCAACAAAGAGACUUUUGACCAAUGUGUUGAGAGAAAUGGAGAAGAUUGUGAUCCAGAAAAUCUUUGGCUUCAAAUUCCCUUCUUCUGUGGGCAUGCUAUGGAGUGCUGGGUGCCAGGCAGCCGUUGGGCUCUGGAACAAGCCAAGCAGAAUGUUCUGCUCCACUACCUGCUUGUGGGUGUGACGGAAGAACUGGGUGAUUUCAUUGCUGUGCUGGAAGCAACUCUCCCGCGAUUCUUUAAGGAUGCCACACAAAUGUUCAACAACGGCAGAAAAUCCCAUCUGCGCAGGACACUGAAAAAGUCUCCACCACUACAGGGAACCAUUGAUAAAAUUCAUGAGUCACCCAUCUGGAAAAUGGAGAAUGAGUUUUAUACUUUUGUGCUCGAACAGUUUCAUUACAUCAAGCAACAGACAUUUGAUGUUGUGGAAGGGGAAUACCUAGAAAAAGGACACAGAUAUCAAUAUGAAAAAAUACGACCGAGGUGACAGUGAUGCUGCUAAAUACAGAGCAACUGCUUCGUACGGGUCCGUGGUGCAAAUUUUAACUGGAUGACCUCCUCUGGGUCUGUGAACGUAGACAAUGCUACUGGAUGGCUAGAGACUGCACAAGAAGUCAUAACUACAUAGGUUGUGUUGGAAUUGAAAAUUAUUGUGUGCAUUACGCUGUGCAAGUGAGUGAGUGAAAGAGCAAGAGAGUGAACUUGAAGCUUUAACAUGUAAAGGCUCCCCCUGUGGUUCAUUGCCAGCAGGCCAGUCAGUGGACCAUUUAGACUGUGGCAGGCGAUGUGGUGCUGCACGAUGCUUUUCCCCAAGGCAUAAUGUCACGACGGACAAAGACAAUCCAGUUUGUCUUAGUUCAUUUGCCAAGGCAUGUCAACGUUUUUCUCGCUCAUCUGUGACAACUUUUUUUUCCGCUCACACAUGCAUCUUUUGCUCACUAGAUUAUGCAUUAGAAAGAAUUACUGGUGGGUUCUUUUUGGGGGUGAGGGGGUGGUUGUUCAUUGCUAGAAAUCACAAAUUUCUCAUGAAAUUUAAACGUACAACUUAUCUUCAUUAACUUUGUGUAAAAAUUACCAUGCUCUAGGUAUAGUUCUUCAACGGAGAUACUCUGAAUGAAAAGAGGAUAUUUUAAGGUGAUUCUUGCAUGCCUGUGAUGCAGUUCUUGUAUCAUUCCUAUUAUCUGACCUCAAAAUUGUUUUUGCAAACAGCAGCACUUUUAUGUUUAACCAGCAGGGAACAAAAACAUCUCUCAGCUGGCAGACAUCGCUCUUAUCACAAAAUGGUAAAUGUAUCUAUUUUUUUCUUCUAUAAAGGCUCAGCAAGCACUUAAAAUUGUUGCUGCAGACUUGCAUGUCCCAGUUUACCAUGUUGUAGUCUGUGUUAUGUCACAGGAACCCAAGAUUAAUCCUCUUGCAGCUAAUGUUGGCAGCCAUGCAGAUGUUUACAAGUCUUGUAAGUCGUUAUGUUUUUAUUUGAGCUUAAAUGGUUUUAAAUUUUUUUAAUGUCUUGACACUGCCUCAGUAUUAAACCUUUAUAAAUGUGAUUUGCUCAUUUCUUUGAGGAGCACUACUGCAUUUUUAAAAAAUGUGUUGCAUUUACAUCCAUUUCUUCAUUGACUGCCUGACCUUUGCCCUGUAUAAACAUUGCAGAGAAAACUGCAGUUCUUCUCAAUGACGUAUUCACAUUCAUUCUCCUCCAGCCCUUGUUCCUCACAGGGUAAAAAAAUGCUGGUGGUAUGUUCAUGUUCAUGUUUGGUCCAUGUUGUGCCACCAACUGUUGCUGUCUCCAUUUCUCAAGCUACAAGUACCUUCAGCAUUUUGUCUUCUUUGCCCAAACGUGGGCAUCCCAUGCAAGCUGUCACAAACAUUGCUUUUUUUUUUUUUUUGAACAGCAGAAUAAAGCUGUCUGUUAAUGCU